AUGUGCGUCUGCGCAUGCGCAUCGGGGCUACACGGCACGCUAACGCGUGAACUUUCAGCAGGGGGCACCCGUUGCCUGAGAGCCUGCGGUCAUCACGGGAACCGACGGUUGGUGGGAACCAAUCGUGAGGCAGGACCAGAGUGUGUGUGCGCAGGCGCUCUGCCCGUGCUGAGUUUCAGGUCACAGUACAGAGCUGGGAUCUGUAGGGACGGUUCAGUCUUUCCCGACGCGGAGGGAGGCGGAGAGGGCUUCAAGAUGGAGUCCGAGGCACAUGGUGGAGGAGCCAUGAGGGCAGCCGAUGAAGACGCAGGUGCUGUGGCCUCUGCGGCGGGUACAGCACAUGGCGGCCAAGGUGUGCCGGGUGGUGCUGCUGGCCCCAAUGGCCCUGGCAUGCCAGCUGGCCCUGGAGACGCCGUCAGUCGAGAAGUCCCUGCCGGCUCCGGUGACAUGGCUGAUCCCAGAGGCCCCAGCGCUGCAGCAGAGUCAGGUGGCGCAGCCGCUGCCAUUCCGCAGAUCCCGGGGGCACCCAACGCACCAGGGCCUGGUGGAGACACUGCGCCCGGAGCCGGAGUUCUGAGUAACCGAGUCUUCCAGUUCUUAGGCAUACCUUUCUCAUCAUACGCGGAGGCGGACAACGCGCGCCGCAUCCUGACUCGACUUACUCAACUGCGAUGGCCGGUUCAGAGGGAGCUCUACAUUAAUGGCCGCAUGUUGGUUCUCCGAUUGACUGCUGAAGACCAUGCCCUGCUCCAGAUGGCCGUCCGCUUCUGUCUGGAGCAGGCUUCCCUGGUGAUGUGGAUCUUGCAGAACUUCGUGCCCCACCUUUUUCCUCAGUCUCAGCACAGAAGAGGGCCUUAAAACUAGCCUAUGUGCCCCAGUCUCAAGUAUC